AUGAAGAAAAUAGGUGUCGUUUUUGCUGUGUUUUGUGUUAUGAUAAUCCCGAGUUCACAGCGACACUUUGACGAUAAAAAUUCAGGGCGAUUAUCGAAAACAUUAAACAAACCUGCUACAUUGUAUUUCCCAAGGGUUAAGAGAUCACAAACUAUCGAAAACGACUCGAAAAAAAUCAUCUUUCCCGGUGAUAUAUUCCCUAUCCCACCGAAACCGAAAUACGAAUCGUCAAAUUGCACCUACGGCUUCUGCGAAGAGGUAACCAACUACCCCAGCGAUAAAAUCAAGAGAAUAAUGGAGCAAUCGAAGGAGUUUCGAAACUACUUGGUGAACCAAGUACCCCAGUUCGAUAUCGUUUCGAGAUUCGGCGACAACGAGGAGAACUUGUGCUCGACCAUAACGCAAUCGGUGUUCCCCAAAAGCGCUAAAAACACCCGCGGAGAGACCAAGUUGCUGGUCAACGUGGAAAACUACCAGCAAGGGGUUUUCAUCGAUGUUUGCGCAAACGAUGGCGGUGCCUGCACUUAUUCAGAUUUAAUACCCGAUGGUGCUACGAUACGAUGUAAACAAAAAUACACCGUAACAAGACUGUUGGCUAUAGGAAAAACCGAUGAUAAACCGAUUCUGGAUCUAUUCGAAUUGCCUUCUUGUUGCGUUUGUACACAUAAGAAAAACUAG